UCCUGCCGAAGAGUCUUUGUGAUCUUUUAAUUUAUAGGUCUCAAUUUGGCCUCAGGCUGACAGCUGGCACCGUGGGGCGCUGUCUGGCUUGUUGCCGCGCACCCGCUGCCAGGCUGGCUGUUAAGACGGCAGGCAGGUGUCAGAAAUAGGCGCCGGCGGGCGCAGGGUAGCAGCUUCGGAGUGGAGCCUCAUAGCUUAUUUUUGUGUGGUUGCCGGAGCAGGAUGGGGGCUAAAGAAGAUGCAGAGCAGUCUGAAGCUGGUGGACUGUGUCAUUGAGGUUCAUGACGCCCGGAUCCCACUUUCGGGUCGCAAUCCUCUGUUCCAAGAGACCCUUGGGCUGAAGCCUCAUUUGCUUGUCCUUAACAAAAAGGACUUGGCAGAUCUCACAGAGCAGCAGGAAAUUGUCCAUUAUUUGGAAGGAAAUGGUAUAAAAAAUGUCAUUUUUACAAACUGUAUAAAGGAUGAAAACAUCAAGCAGAUCAUCCCAAAAGUCACGGAGCUGAUCGGAUGCAGUUACCGCUAUCACCGAGCAGAGAACCUGGAAUACUGCAUCAUGGUAGUUGGUGUCCCCAACGUGGGCAAGUCAUCCCUCAUUAACUCCUUGCGGCGGCAGCACCUCAGAACAGGAAAAGCUGCCAGAGUGGGUGGUGAGCCAGGGAUCACCAGAGCUGUGACAUCUAGAAUCCAGGUGUGUGAGCAUCCACUCAUGUUCCUGCUGGACACUCCUGGGGUGCUAGCUCCUCGGAUUGAAAAUGUGGAGACAGGCCUGAAGCUGGCCAUAUGUGGAACUGUGUUGGACCACCUGGUUGGAGAGGAGACCAUGGCUGACUAUCUCCUCUAUACCCUCAACAGGCAUGGGCUAUUUGGGUAUGUGCAGCACUACGGCCUGGCCAGUGCAUGUGAUGACAUAGAGCAGGUGCUGAAGAGUGUGGCUGUGAAGCUGGGGAAGACACGGAAGGUGAAGGUGCUCACAGGCACAGGUGAUGUCAGAGUUACCCAGCCCAAUUAUGCCAUGGCAGCCCGAGACUUCCUCCGGACCUUCCGCAGUGGGCUGUUGGGCCCAGUGAUGCUGGACCGUGACAUUAUGCAGGGCCUGCCUGCUGUUGACAUGGACUCCUGAACUGGCUGGAUGGGAAUAUGGUUCCCACACCAUCUGCAGCUGGAGUGUUGAAGGCUGAACCUACUUCCCCAUCCAGAAGCUCUGUAUGCUGGUACCCAAGACUCAGGCUCCUGCUACAUAGGGCACUGUGCUCUCCUGACCACUAGGGUCUGGUCAGCCCUGGUUACUGCAGCAGGGUCCCAAGAAUCCUGUGUGUAUGGCCUGGUUAGGAGGUUUCCUCUCAGUCUAAGGGAGAGAUUCAUGCUUUUCAAAGGAGUCAAAGCUAUAAUCUAUAAUUAAAAAAAAAAAAAAGGGUUAAAAAGCCCAUCCUUUUUCCUUUUUUGUUAUUUUGAGACCUGGUCUCAUUAUAUGGUUCAUGCUGGCCUCAAAUUCACAUUUCUCCUAAGUGCUAGGAUAUACAGGUAUGAGCCAUGACACUCUGCUAAAAGGCCCAUUUUCUGCUGGUUCUUUCAUUGUGCACUCUUAUACUUUGGGCCCAUAUGUUAAAGCCCCGCUUACCAAUUAAUGCUGGGGAAGGGUAGAUUGGGGCUCCUAUGUCAGAUUCUCAAGUGUCUUGAAGUCCUGCAAUGAGGAAGAGGCUCAUUACCAACAGAGGGGUUUAUUUCACAAUGAACUCUUCAUCGUUACAUAUAUACACAGACAUGGACAAGAGGUUUGGAAUAGUGAAGCUCAGGACUGGCCUCUACCUUUGUGCUUCAGAGUUUGUACCUCGGGAGACUGCUCUGGGCUCAACUUUGCACAGCCCAGGGGAUCACUGGCAGGGGAUCACCGUCUAGCCAGUGGGAUCAUGGUACCUGCAGGAGGUGGUGCAGGAGGUGGCACAGGGGGUAUCCAAGCAUUGCUGACCUCCAUGUACCUAUAGGCACCUAGAACGUGUUGCUGCCAGCAGCUUACAUUCUAGAAAGAAAAAAAGGGGCCGGUUGGUGCAGAUGGAGGUACUGCUGGGCCAGCAGGGUGAGACCUGGUCAAUAACUCCAGUCUCAUCUAUAUGACCUUCCCAUUGUGUGAUUGUCCACCAGGGCUUGGGUGCUCAGCCAGCCAUCUGUUUCCUGUGGAUGGCAAUUAGAAUUUAGCCUUCCAGUGGUGCCUCUUAUAGCUGCCAGGCAUGAUAAGCCUGCCCUAAGAUUCCUCCUCAGCAUCUUAUACUUCCUGUUGACAGGAAAAGUAUUCAAAAAUUUAUAGCUAUGCCAAAUACCAAAUACAUUGGAGAAGUCAGAGUGGCAUAUGAAGUAAUCAUUAAAAGGUAAUGUUUUCAUUGUG